AGUUGCACUGCCAUGAUGGCCCUUUGUAGUAGUGUACUGCAGACUCAUUCUGUUUUCCUCUUCCAGAUCACCCAAUUAAAGAUCGAGAACAAUCCUUUUGCCAAAGGAUUCCGGGGAAGCGAUGAUAUGGAACUGCACAGAAUGUCAAGAAUGCAAAGUAAAGAGUACCCAGUGGUUCCCAGAAGCACCGUGAGACAGAAGGUUGCUGCCAACCACAGUCCCUUCAGUGGGGAGGCCAGAGUUCUCUCAGCAUCUUCCAACUUGGGGUCCCAAUACCAAUGUGAGAACGGCGUCUCCAGUAGCUCCCAGGACCUGCUGCCCCCUCCCAACCCGUAUCCUCUGUCCCAGGAGCACGGCCAGAUUUACCAUUGCACCAAGAGAAAAGCAGAUGAGGAGUGUUCCACCACUGACCAUCCCUACAAAAAGCCCUACAUGGAGACGUCCCCCACCGAAGAGGACCCCUUCUACCGAUCCGGUUACUCCCAGCAGCAGGGGCUGAAUCCCUCCUACAGGACUGAGUCUGCCCAGCGCCAAGCCUGCAUGUAUGCCAGCUCUGCUCCCCCCACAGACUCGGUGCCUAGCCUGGAAGACAUUAGCUGUAACACAUGGCCCGCCAUGCCUUCGUACAGCAGCUGUACAGUGACCGCAAUGCAGUCUGUGGAUAGGCUUCCCUACCAGCAUUUCUCCGCCCACUUCACUUCGGGGCCCUUGGUGCCCCGCCUGGCUGGGGUGGCCAACCAUGGCUCCCCCCAGCUUGGGGAGAGCAUGUUCCAGCACCAGACCUCCGUCUCCCAUCAACCCGUGGUUCGGCAGUGUGGCCCCCAGACCAGCCUCCAGUCCCCGGGCAGCAUACAGCCUGCUGAGUUCUUAUACUCCCACGGGGUACCUCGAACCCUCUCUCCUCAUCAGUACCACUCUGUCCAUGGGGUGGGCAUGGUGCCAGAGUGGAGUGAGAACAGCUAAGGCUGAGCAAGGGACUAUGACAGCAGACAUGAAAGAAGAGGGAGGAUGAGAGACAGAAAAUGCCUUCGGCAAGAUUUCCUCAAACGGAGCCCUUGCGCCAGUUGGACACUAAAAUGAAACCACAAUUCAAAAAAUGUGACUUCUUUGUUUUGUUUCAAAAACUGAAAAAAAAAAGAAAAUCCUAAAAAAAAGACCCCACCAAAAAACCAAACUGCUCCAUGGUCCCCUCUCCUCUCACCUCCCAAACCCAUCUUCUUCAUCUGCCCUGAGACCUGAGCUGUGUUUUUGCAUCUCAACACCAGAGUUGUAACUAGGGUAGGCCAACUAGGGUUUGGCCCCAGAGUGCCCGAAUUUAGAGGGCAUAGACAGCUCUUGCAAUCAUCCAAUCGACACAUCGAGUCAACAAACAUUAAGUGCUUACAAUGUUCCAGGCACUGUUGUUAAUUGCUGAGGAAAAAGAGAAGGGCAAAAAACCAACCCUGACCUCAAGAAACUCACAUUCUAAUGGGGGAGACAGCAUUUUAAAGUGCCUACUGUGUACCAGGCACUGUGCUAAAAGCUGAGGAUACAGAUCCAAAUAAUGAGAGAUUCUCAAUUUGAGACUUCAGGAGCUCCUCUCCCGUCUUCCUUGGUUCCCUGGUGACCUUCAUCCUCUUCCCAGCAGUGGCCUCACUUCAUGCCAGUGUUUCAGGGUCCUUGUCUCCCCUUUCCCCCCGUGACUUUUGGUAACUGAUAUCGGCCUUUCUUGCCACUUCCCAGGCAUUGUGUAUGGUGCUUGUCCUUGGUACGAGUCUGCUCAAACCAUAGUCAACAAAUUAAGCUAAGAAACUUUUAUGAAGUGCCUACUGUGUACAAGGCACUGUGCUAGGUGCUGGUGAAACAGAGACCGACAAAAAAAAGUAAAAAGGAAAGAAAAGAAAAGAAACAGGCCCUGCCCUCCAAGAGCUUCCACUCUAGUGUCCAUCUGAUCUUCAAACUGUCUCCUUGUCUCCUGCUGACUCUCUUCUCUUAUCACAGAGUUCUUCACCCCAGUGCUUUGGAUGAACGGAUGUUUCCUAGCUCUGAUCCCUCCGUGUUAAUGUUAACAUUGUUAUAUAAUAAAUGAUAAUAUAUUUUCCUUUCUAUUCUCUUCAAGGGACCUGGUCCCUUUCGGGGGGAAAUCUUGGAAAGGACGUGUUCCAAAGUGUGCUUGUGUACGGGAUCUCCCCCCCCCCCCAAUCAUCCCUUCCUUCUUCCUCUCCCCACUUCUUCCCCCCAAAGAUCCACAUUCUCCUUGACUAAGAAAGUUAGGUACCUACCUCUGACAUACGAACACAGCCUAGCUCCUCUUCACGUUUGAUCCUUAGAAGAGACAUGACCUUCUCUUUUCACUUGCCAGCGGGGCUACGGAAGCGAUUCUGGGCUAGACCUGGCCUUGUUUCUUUCAAAAGACUCAUUUCUUUCCAACUCUCUCUCUUCUUAGCCAAAUGUUGGUGAAACAUGGGCUGAUGGUUGCUUUGGGGAAAAAGUGGCAAGUGGUGGCUUUCGCCUUGGGCAGAACUUCAAUGAUGAGGACCACCAGCUCAGGAGUUGAUGGAAGGGAUGGAAAAGCCAAAAUAAACGCCCCCACUGACCAAAAGGGAAACCAAUCAAGACUCCAGCCUCUCUCCCCUGGCCUUCAACCCAUUGAACCUGCCUGCAGAGAUGGAAGAAGUCUUUGCCGGAUGCUUUACUCUUCAAACGCUUUCGUUCCAAAGAAACCACAGAAAUGCCAAAAGGAAGUAGACUGUGUCGGGUGGUGGUGGGGUACGGGAGUGUGGGAGAGGGGAUUUUUUUUUAAGAUCAUAAAAUGGUUAAAAAAAGUUUGUAAGUAAAACUAUUGCAGGGUUCUUCAGAUGUAAUAUUUUACUGGUACUAUUUAUUUAUAAAUAGGAAUUCUAAUUAAGUAAUAACAGGUAAUAAAACCAGUGUAUUUGCUGGUUGAGAGCUUUUUAUUUUAUUGAUACUCCAAUCUAAGUUUGUUGUUCCCUCCCCUUCCACAAUGCUUUUCUUGUAUUUUUUUCUUAAUUGACCCUAAUGAAGAGAACAGGGUAAGAUGUCUGAGUGUGGGAAAGUGUGAGUAAACAUGUGUAUGGUUGUAAGUGUGCUCUUGCUAUGUCUACAUCUAUGUUGCUGAGGAAAAAAAAAUACCCCCAAGUACUCUUUCCAUAUUCUUGUGUGUCAACUUAUGCCUAAUAAAUGCCAAGUGCUUCAAAAGCACCCAGUGCCCAGA